CCUCUGUAACGUAGAGAACCCCAGUUCGUUAUUGUGUGGGAAAACUUGACGCACAUCAUUAAAAGAUUCUGUAGUUUGGGGGAACUAUAUAAACGGGCUUCACAGAGCCUUCCACAGUGCGAGCGAAAACUGGUUUUGAGGGCGUUGGUUGGUGUGCGAAUAAUUGCUAUGUGUAAACAACAAAUGUCUGCCGUCCUCACAUGGAUGUGGCUGGCAACCUUUGUUUUCGGAAGACCUGUUGGCGAAAAAAAGGUAGUUGAGAGCCUAGACUGUCUGACGGUUGGAGGAGGUGUUCGACUGUGUGUUGAUGCCGAGACAGACGUCGCAGAAAACCUCGACAUUCCUGUAUCAAAAAAGUCGCACAAAUACUCUCUGCCAUCUACGCCAUAUUCGUCCACGCCUUACAAAAAGUUGUCCACGGAAUAUAAUGGACUGUUUGUACCCUUCUACAUGCAUAGGCGCGGGUUGGACAUGACAGGCAUUCCCAGUGGCUCAUUUGGGAGGAAGUUUAUUGAUGACACUGUUGUAAAGAGGAAGUUUGACUCAAUAGCUCACACGACAGGGAUGGGCGGGUUCAAAUGACAGAGACACGAAAAAGUGCAGUACACGAAAGAACACUGUUACCUUCAUUCCUUGGGGUACAUGUUCAGAGUUUAUAGAAUGAAUUGCGUUGUACUUAUAACAGAGCCAUUUUGAUGUUUGGCAACUAUACUUUCACGAUAUAUGGACGUAAAGGGACUCCUUUUUAAAAUAUAAGGCGUUUUGAUGCGUUUUUGUUGGUAAUAAACUAGUUAAUAAUUGUAUAUUUGUUUCACGAAUUGUGUAUUUUUGCGACAACUUAAAAGAAAUGAAGACCAGCUUAAUCGUUUGUUGAACGAAACCCAAAACUGUUUCUUAAAAUUAUCGAAACCUUUUUUACGACCACUUGCGGUAUGACUGUUUUUAGGAGUUUAUCAAUUAUGGCUACAUGCAUGAGCUUCUUCAUGCUGUUGAAGUUGUACACAAAACCAUGCGUUAUUGCUUCGAGCAAAACUUUCGAAACAGGUUUCUAAACCGCCGAAACCAAAACUCAAACCAGUUUGGUAUCAACAAAAAACGCCCUUUGUUAGUAAUGAACUAGUUUUGGUUUUAUAUUGGUUUGCCGAAAUGAUUAUUUGUUUCGACAGUUUCAAAUAAAAUGAAAAUGAG